GAGCCGGUUCUAGCGAAGUGGGCGGAUCUAUUAAUACUUCGGCUCUCGGCCACGAGUUUUAUUUAUGAUAGGAAAGAAUGAGCAGCACAAUAAAACCCCAGGCCUCCUCUGUUAAUGGAAGAUUGUACGAGGUCAUGCCAUUGUUGAUGUUUCUUAUUAAUAACUAAUUACACGUCUCUCAUUUUCGAGUAACGUAGCGAAGUUUUUAUUGUAUUACACAAAAAAGGCAGAGCCUUUGAGGGUCCCCAGCUAGGUUAACGGUUAACUGGUCGCGAUGGCGCCCGCUACCCUCCAAUCUUCGACUACAGGAAUUAGCACCAGUUCCGAGUCAACCAAGAUAGACCUAGCCGACCAAAAAGAGAUUGAGGCUAUUUGGAAAGAAGUCCAUGCCAAGGUCAUUGAGCUUGCGGGCGGCGAUCCAAAGAAGGUGCAGCAGACAUUGACUAUUGACGAUGUCCUCAACUAUGUCGACCGCGUACAGAAAGCAGAUGAGAAGAAGUCAGAAAAGUAUGGCGAGUUUACAGAUGUCAUCGGGAAAACGCUUCAGUGCAUAGCGACAAUAGGAGGAAUUGUCACAGAUGGCGUGUCUAACGUGUUUGCCCCAGCUGGAAUGUGUUACAAUGCCUUGACAUUCGUUGUUCAGGCAUGGCAGGGCUAUGAAGGGACAUUCGCCAAUCUUGCCGAGCUAUUGGAGAAGUGCAUGGAAUUCUUCGAGAGACUGCAGUCUUAUCAAGGCCGGAUGGAUGGCAGACUGACUCGCUUGGCGUCCCAAAACUUGAAACUCUUCGUCGAGAUCUGUAGCCGCACGAUCAAGUUGCGCAAAAAGCACACGAGGUUCCUUAGGUUCACGCAACAGCUGUUCCUCAAUGAUGACGGUGUCCAGGACUUAUUAGGCAUGAUGGACAAGCUCAACUCUAAAGAGGCUAUGCUCGUUGGCGCUCAGACUUACAGACUCGUCAGUGACAGUGCCGGUGAUGUUAAAUUAAUUCUUGAAACGCAGAGAGAGCAGAAGCGCGAAGAUGAAGCUAAAAAAUGGCGUCGCUCUAUAGCCAAAGCGCUAGGGUUUCCUGGUUCGACUCUCGAUAGCGACGGGGAGCCUGUAUCCUCCUGGCAGAGGGCAUUUGACACUCGCCUAAACUCGCUGGUCGAGGGCACAGGUACAUGGUGGAAGGCAAGCGACACCUUCUCUCAUUGGGCUACGGCGAAGCACCCCGAAGAGUCAAUAUUUGUUCUUACUGGUACAGGGGGGACAGGGAAAACAUCGAUGAUGGCCAACACGAUCAAAUCGAUUAGGCGACUAGGCCCGGAAGCGCCAUCGUCCCGUGUUGUUGCAGCAUACUACUUUGCCGAUGGUGAUAAGCGAAAGCCAGACGACGAAGAUGAAAGUACAUAUCUUCAGAGGGUUUCAAGGACAUUACUUUGGCAGCUUGCUACAUCGUAUGAGGCUAUGACUAAAUCAGUGGCUUCGGCGGUAGAACGAGCACCUCACUUUGACGGAGCACUCGAUCUAUGGGAGCAGCUUUUCUUCACCAACAAAGAACUCCAGAACUCCAAUACGACAUUCUAUAUUUUCAUUGACACCCUCGACCCAGAACUUGUCCCUUUGCUCCAAAAGCAUAGCAAACUAGCUGACAAAUCGAAAGUUCGAGUUUUCUUAACGGGAAGGCCUGAGCUAGUUGAAGGCUACCUGAGCCCAGCCGAUAAUGUAACGUACGCGGAACUCCCAAUCACCAGAUACAAUGGGCCGGAUGUUAAGAAGUAUAUCAAUUCUCAAAUGGAUACCAUGCAAAUGUUGAGAGACGAUACUAGACCAGGUAUCUCCGAAUGGCGACAGGUUAUCUUAAACGAGCUCCAGGACAAGUGUGAGGGCGACUACUUCAACCUGAAUACAAGUCUCACUGCUCUCUCCAAGGUAGAUCUCACUGAAGAUAUCAGGGAAGUACUAAGAGAUGCCGGCAAACCUCGGAAGGACCAGAUAACAGCCGAACUUCGUCGCCUUAACAAUAAUCGUACUCUUAAGGAGAUUCGAGAGAUUAAUGAGAUCAUUCUUUGGAUCGAUAAGGGUCGCCGCUACUUCUCUAUCGAAAUGAUGGAUGCGAUUCUCUCUGUCAAGCACCGACGGCCUAUUGUAGAACCUCAAAGUGAUCAACAGUCACCAACUCUACGACGGCAGGUAUCUAACACACUGGUGAAGGCUAGUGAGGCCGAAGAGCCUGUAGCGUUAACCGCACUCUCUUUGCUUCCACUAGCGCAUAAACUCAGAGAGAAAUACCCGAUCUUCUGCGUCACAGAUUCCGGUGCAGUUGACUGGCGAAAUCCGGAGAUAAGGAACCAGAUACCCACUCUAGAAGUUCAAGAAGAUGGGACACCCAACGGGAACGGUAAACUAUCAUCGCGGCUACAAGUCAUCCAAGAGUCAGAAGUCAAUAUUGUCCGACAUUUCCUAACUACCGUUUGUCCCGAAGAGCUCUUCAAGCGCUUCGCAUUUGAGGAGUUUUUUCAAGAAAAGAUGGGUGCUAGGCUCAAGGAAUUUAUACAUGUUGAUCCCGACAACGCCGAUGCCAGGAUUGUCCUUACAUGUCUGACUAUACUGACCGAUGAAGAGCUAAGGAAACAAGAAGCCCUACGUCAGUACGCUAUGUACUGGCUCUUGGAGCACUUGCAGGCUGUCGACUUGGCCGUGGCCGACCGAAAGCUCAAGGCAUUAGUGGGACCUCUGCUUGUCCGCCUUUUUACGAGCGACUGUGGUAUCGACUCAUUAUUUUGGUGUUUUGAUGCUAAUGUAAGCAUGAAGACCUGGGAGCAAGGUGAAGCCGAAUACAUACGUGAGGCUCGGAUAGAGUGGGUGUACUCAACUGCUGGCGUUCACGAAGUUGAGCGUUGGCUGAGUGACUCGUCGGUCACGAAAUAUAUCACGGACGAGGCAGAUCUAAAGUUUGUGGCCGAUAUCAAAUCAUCGCCAGCUCGUCUACACGAGGUAAUCCUAAUAAGCGCGGCAAGGCGUAUGGCAACACACCUUUUUAUCAAGGUGGAGUUCCUUAAGCGCCAUUUUCUGGCUGCAACAUGUUUUAUCCGAGGAUAUCUAUCUAGACUGGAGGGAAAUACGAUGCCCGAUGACCCUAAUGUCUAUCGAGAUGAUAAAUGGGAGGGAUAUGAAGACUGGGAGGGCACUAAAUUCUCAUCACGGGAGCUCGAGAGGAUCGAGACAUGGGCGCGCAAGGAGUUAUUAGCCGAUAAGUUCACGCUAGCUCAGGAGUCAUUGUGGGAGAUCCAUGGCGCUCUUCAGGCGUUCCAGUUAUGCGAUAAUGAAGAGGAAAAGGGCGAGAUCUCACAACGACGAGCCAAGAAAGCUCUCGAACUGAACCCUCAAAACUGGCAUGCAUGCCAUUUCGUGUCUAGCCGACCGGGUACCAGUAAGGAGGACGGGGUCGAACUCCUCAAACGAGCCAAGAAAGCUGUUGAUGACAUUCGCGCCAAAGACAAAUCUUGGAUGAGCGAUUCUGCUAAUACAGCCCUCUUAGCUAGAAUUACCUUUGACCUAGGCAACAAACUCUGGGAGCUUGGCGACCAUGUUACUGCGGCCCAAACCCAUCGCGAAAGUCUGGAUUACGAAUAUGUUCACUUUAGCGCAUACUCGAAGGUCCUCAGCCGUUAUGAGGAAGCACAGGAAUGGGGCGAAUUCAUGGCCUUUAUCGAUACCUUGAACGAGAGAAGGGAUGUGUGGGAUGCCUACUUUGAUGAGCUUGUGAAUGAAUUUAUCAUCGGUCUUCUUGACGAGGACUCCGACAUGCUCUCAUUCGCAGCCGACACCACGGGACGAUGGGAUAUCAUUGAAAGAUUUUUCCUUAUUGCCAUUGAUAUUGGCAGUAAGCAGAAGGCUUACGACCUUUUGUUCUUGCUCCGAGAGGAAUUCGCGCGGACAUUGGAGCUUACAAGCGGUACUGUGGAUGAGAAGACGGUGAUUGACACCCGCGUGGCGGCAUUAGAGUCCCUUAAAGCUCACCCUAGCAACACACUACCGCAAGCGAGAAUAUAUGCAAUGACCGACUUGCUAGCUCAGAUCUAUCUCGGCAAGGCCUUCCAACCUAGCAUCUCCGACGAGAAAGUUGAGGCAUUAGGAGCAUCUAUGGUAGCCUUAUUACCAGACGUUAGCGACGGGAUGGACGCUUGGGGGAACAUUACGACAAUAUGUUGCAUUAUACGCUAUCAUUACAAGCGCGCGACGAUGUCAGGACCAGCAAAGCGUUGGGUUGAGAGAAUUGUCCGUGCAGGAUUAGAACUUCUCUCGGACUCAGACGAAGACAAUGAUACCUACGCAUUUUGGUUACUAGGUAGAUUAUUUGUCACGAUUGAGGACGACGAGAAUCACAAGAUUACGUGGAAUAUGCGCAACGCAGAUCAAGCUAAAGAUCUAGGUAACUGGGAUGAAUGGGUCUCAACCCCCAUUGCUUCGCCGAAGUCGGCUCCGAUACAAUCGAUGGCCAGCAUGCUACAUGAGAAAACCUCGCAGAUGGAAUCUAACAGGUCUAUUUCUAUGAAAGACCGGGAAGGGCCUGCUUCCGCAAAGACCAAUGGUAGAGAGAACGGGCAACCCGAAAACGGCGACGCUGGAAAAGACGAGGGGAAGCCAGUGAGGACAGGUACAUCCUCCUCGGCGCCUGAUCCCACACACGAAGCUGAGGAAUUCCGGCCCGGGAGAAAGCCUACAAGAAUUACAACCGAUAUCAUAGAAGCUGCGCCAGAAGAUGCGCCACCCAAACCGACAUGGUUUGUCGCUUGCGACGGAUGCGAUGAGCAAUGGACUGUAAUGGAUCAGCCACUACUAAACUGCGCUGAUUGUGUAGGGAAUGUCCAGCUUGACUACAAAUGCCAUGCCCUGCUUAUGAAAGAUGAACUCAAAAUUCCAGGGUUCAAAUGCAGGAAAGAACACAAAUUCCUAGAGAUUCCGAGCUGGGAUGAGGCACGUUUCAAAGACUUGCCAAAGAAUCAUCUGCCCUUAUCCCCAAGUCUUAAUCACCAGAGGAGAUGGAUACCACUGGACGAAUGGAAGGCAAACUUGAGGAAACAAUAUCUAAUGGACUGAAUAUUGUAGCAAUUUGGCGAAGAAUUGAUGCAAUUUAGUUUGGACCUACAUGAGGCUGACGAAGCAAAUACUAGUACCCUUUUACCUA